AUGCAUGUCGCAAAAGACGCCCUCGUCUUUGUCAUCGUCCUGGGCAUAGCCAUCUUUGCCUCUGGCGUUGGAAUCUACUAUUUUUAUUCCCGGAAGCACCAGACGCAAGCAGCCGCGCUCAAGAACAACCAACACAGCUACGACGUCGAGAGCCAGGCCACGAUGAGCCCCAAGCAAGAGCCAAAGCCGAUGCUGUGGCGAUCCCAGAGCGAUGGUGGUCCCCGGACCGAGCAGCCAUCUGCAACCUGCGUCUCGCUGCCGCGUUCACAUAGCGCUGGCGCCAUGGUAGGGCUGGCCAGGCCGCCGCUGGCAUAUGUUGCGAGAUGGCCCAGGCCUGCGAAGCGUCCGAGGCCUGUGCUGCCUCUGGCGCCGGCAAAGUCCGAGGAUGGGCAUCCUUUGGAGAGCAAGGUCGCUAGAAAGUCGAGGUUCAUCGAGCAUCUCUGA